AUGGUUUGUCCCGGCUCUUGGGGCGGAUCCUCAGUGCCGGGACCUGUCCUGGGAGGUCUGUGCGCUGCUGGAGAUAAAGGAGCCGGGCAGGGUGGGACAGCAGCGAUGCCUGGAGCCCCGGGCUGGCUGCUGGUGCUGCUGGCGAGCUGCCUGUGCUGCCUGUGCUGCCCGGGCUGCGGGCACCGCGCCUGCCGCUGCCUGGGCCGGGUGUUCCUGUGCCAGGAGAGCCGGGGGCUGCAGCCGCCCCGGGACAUCCCUCACAACGCCACCGAACUGAGAUUUGUCCUCACCAAGAUGAGAAUMAUUCCAAAAGGGGCUUUUGCAGGACUCGCUGACCUAGAGAAAAUAGAGAUCUCACAGAACGAUGCCUUGGAGGUCAUAGAAGCAAAUGUGUUUUCCAACCUUCCCAAACUACAUGAAAUAAGAAUUGAAAAAGCCAACAACCUGGUGUACAUCGAUAAAGAUGCCUUCCAACACCUCCCGAGCCUCAGAUAUUUGCUGAUAUCAAACACUGGCCUUCGGUUUUUACCUGCUGUCCACAAGAUUCACUCUUUCCAGAAAGUUUUGCUAGAUAUUCAAGACAAUAUCAAUAUACGUACAAUUGAAAGAAAUUCAUUCAUGGGCCUGAGUUCUGAAAGUGUGAUUCUAUGGCUGAACAAAAAUGGAAUCCAAGACAUUGAGAAUCACGCAUUUAAUGGAACAUACCUGGAUGAGCUAAAUCUAAGUGACAAUCACAACCUAGAAAAGUUACCAAAUGAGGUCUUCCAGGGAGCCAAUGGACCUGUUGUUUUGGAUAUUUCAAGCACGAAAAUCAGUUUCCUGCCAAGUCAUGGAUUAGAACUCAUUAAGAAGCUAAGAGCAAGGUCUACACACAAUUUAAAAAAGCUUCCUGAUUUAAGCAAAUUUAGAUCUUUGAUUGAGGCAAACUUCACCUAUCCUAGCCAUUGCUGUGCAUUUGCAAACUGGAAAAGACAAAAGACCGAAUUACAUCCAAUAUGUAGCCUAUCUCAGGUGAAACAGGACUUUGAGGAAAAGCCUGGCAAAAAGCUACAGAGAAGGUCUGCAGCUGAAGAUUAUAUUUCCAACUAUGGCGUAGGAUUUGACCCAGCAGGAAAUGAAUUUGACUAUGGCUUAUGCAAUGAAGUAGUUAAUGUAGCCUGCUCACCUAAACCUGAUGCUUUCAACCCAUGUGAAGAUAUCAUGGGAUACAAUGUUCUGAGAGUCCUGAUAUGGUUCAUCAGCAUCCUAGCUAUUACUGGGAACACCGUGGUCCUCAUUAUUUUAAUAAGCAGCCAAUACAARCUCACUGUUCCUCGCUUYCUMAUGUGCAAYCUGGCCUUUGCAGACCUCUGCAUAGGSAUCUACCUGCUGCUGAUCGCCUCGGUGGACGCGCAGACCAGCGGGCAGUACUACAACCACGCCAUCGACUGGCAGACGGGGCCGGGCUGCAGCACGGCCGGCUUCUUCACGGUGUUUGCCAGCGAGCUGUCGGUGUACACGCUGACGGUGAUCACCCUGGAGCGCUGGCACACCAUCACCUACGCCAUGCAGCUGCAGCGCAAGCUGCGCCUGCGCCACGCCGUCCUUGUCAUGGUUUUUGGCUGGCUGUUUGCUUUCACGGUAGCGCUCCUCCCCGUGCUGGGGGUCAGCAGCUACAUGAAGGUCAGCAUCUGUCUGCCCAUGGACAUCGAAACGYCGUUUGCCCAGGCGUACGUGAUGUUUCUCUUAGUGCUGAACGUGCUGGCGUUCGUCGUUAUCUGCGUCUGCUACGUCUGCAUCUACUUCACCGUGCGCAACCCCAACGUCAUCUCCUCCAACAGCGACACCAAGAUUGCCAAGCGCAUGGCCGUCCUCAUCUUCACCGACUUCCUCUGCAUGGCRCCCAUCUCUUUCUUCGCAAUAUCAGCCUCCCUCAAGGUUCCUCUCAUCACAGUGUCCAACUCCAAGAUCCUGCUGGUUUUGUUCUACCCCAUCAACUCCUGCGCUAACCCUUUCCUCUACGCCAUUUUCACCAAGACUUUCCGCAGGGAUUUCUUCAUUCUCUUGAGCAAGUUUGGUUGCUGUGAAAUGCAAGCCCAGAUUUACAGAACAGAGAUCUCCUCAUCUGCUCAUACUUUGCACACAAGAAAUGGCCAUUGCCCUGCUGCAUCAAAAAACAGUGAUGGCACUAUUUAUGCACUGGUUCCYCUGAACCACUUAAACUGAAACACUUGCAUGAAUUUGUGUCUGAGGCAGUGUGCUAAUCACUUGCAAAUAUUUGGAUUUGAGUAAUGACUUYAGCAUAACAUGCAAACUUCUGUUUUAUGAGAAAAAUUAAUUAUUUCCACUUUGCUGUAUUUGUUCAGUGAACAACCAUCAGAGAUGACUUAUCAUCYCCAUCAGUUCUCAAAGAACAAAGUGCCAAAGUGUUCAU